AUGUCGGCCAUCAAAACUACCCUUCCGGUCGAUCGGCUGAGUGCCGUAGAUGUUCACAACACCAUCAAGAGUCUCAUAAACAAUCUGAUCAACAUCAAAGAUGAAACCGGCCGAUUUCUCCUCCGCCUAGAAGACGGUCGCGUAAUCGACACAAAAUCCUGGAAAGGCUGGGAGUGGACACACGCUAUCGGUCUGUACGGAAUCUGGAAGUACUACGAAUUAACGGGAGAUGCUUCUCUGCUUGCCAUUAUCGAAGAUUGGUUCGCAGCACGGUUCGCCGAGGGAGGAACGACGAAGAAUAUCAACACAAUGGCAGUAUUCCUCACACUGGCCUACGUUUACGAGAAAACCAAAAACCCGAUCUACCUACCUUGGUUGGACACGUGGGCUGAAUGGGCAAUGCACGAGCUACCUCGUACCCGGUACGGCGGUAUGCAGCACAAAACCUAUGCGAUGGAGCACAAGCAGCAGCUAUGGGAUGAUACACUCAUGAUGACGGUCUUGCCACUCGUGAAGAUCGGCAAACUACUCGGUCGCGAACACUACAUCGCCGAAGCCAAGAAACAAUUAUUGAUUCAUGUCAAGUAUCUUUGUGAUCCGAAAAGCGGCCUGUUUUAUCACGGUUGGACAUUUGACCAGGGUGGUCAUAAUUUCGCGGGCGCUAAAUGGGCCCGUGGAAACAGUUGGGUCACCAUCGUUAUUCCGGAAAUCAUUGAGUUGAUGGAGCUUCCCACUGAUGAUCCGCUUCGGUCAUACCUCGAAGACACGCUUGAUGCUCAAUGCCAUGCCUUGCAAGGUCUACAAGAGCCAUCGGGUUACUGGCGUACAUUGUUGGAUCACGAUGAUGAAGGUUCGUAUAUAGAAGCCUCUGCUACCGCUGGGUUCGCGUUUGGUCUUCUCAAGGGUAUGCGCAAACGCUAUAUUGGAAAUCAAUACCGCGAUGUUGCCGAGAGUGCCAUCAAGGCCGUUCUGGACUCAAUUGAUGAGAAUGGUGAAUUGCAAAACACCAGCUUUGGAACUGGUAUGGGUGAUACGUUGGAUCAUUAUCGCAAUAUUGCUGUCACAGCAAUGCCAUAUGGACAGGCAAUGGCAAUGAUGGCUCUUGGGGAGUAUCUGCGAACUUAUAUUUGA